CGCACACAACAAGACAGCACAGAGACACGAACCCAGUCAUUCUCCAGAAAAAGACAGCAGCUCUACGCUCCCUGCAGGACCCUUCAUGGUUACCACUGUGUCCUCUGCAGAGGUCUGAGUCGAGAUGGGGAGCAAAGCCCUGCACGCUCCGAUCCCCCUGCACCCGGCCCUUCAGCUCACAAACUACUCCUUCCUGCAGGCCGUCAACACGUUCCCAGCUGACCAGCUGCAGGGACUGUACGGCCUCAGCGCGGUGCAAACCAUGCACAUGAACCACUGGACUCUUGGUUACCCGCACAUUCAAGGACUGAGGUCGACGAUCACGGAGAUGGCAGCUGCGCAGGGUCUGGUCGACCCCCGGCUGCCCUUCCCAGCGAUACCCUUCUCCGCCGCAGCGCAGCUCUUUCAUCAAAAACAGGCAGCCGUGGGGCACGGCAUCCCGUCGCUUCACAAGGACAGGCCGAGGUUUGACUUCGCCAACCUGGCCCUCGCUGCCACUCAGGAGGACCCACCGAAAGCUCUGGAUCUGGCGAAGUUGGCGUCGGGGCUUGGGGGAACGAUCUCCGAGCUGAGCAAGCUGUCCCCGGAAAGAAAACCCACCCGGGGCAGACUCCCGUCUAAAACUAAAAAGGAAUUUAUUUGCAAGUUCUGCGGCAGACAUUUCACCAAGUCCUACAACCUCCUCAUUCACGAGAGGACCCACACAGACGAACGACCGUAUACCUGUGAUAUUUGCCACAAGGCUUUCCGAAGACAAGACCAUCUCCGAGACCACAGAUACAUCCACUCCAAGGAAAAACCAUUCAAAUGUCAAGAAUGUGGGAAAGGAUUCUGUCAGUCUCGAACUCUAGCCGUCCAUAAAACCUUACAUAUGCAGGAGUCUCCCCACAAAUGCCCCACAUGCGGAAGAACCUUUAAUCAAAGAAGUAACCUGAAAACUCACCUUCUCACCCAUACAGACAUCAAGCCCUACAGCUGUGGCCGCUGCGGAAAGGUGUUUCGGCGCAACUGUGACUUGCGACGGCACAGUUUGACGCACAGCCCACAUCAGGACUACUAGCCUGGACAGACUAACAAAAUAACAAUGGACAAAAAAGCAGGAAGACAAGUCAGCGACUUCUCCUUUUUCUUCUUCUGUUUUAAAUUUUUUUUCCCAUUUGGUUCAAAGACAGUCUCCAAAUCAGGACACGUUCACUGGCGCACACUUUGGAGCUUGGUUGCACAUCAAAUGGGACAGCAGCGGAGCCAUGGCCAUUUCCAGCUUUCACACCCACCUGUAAAUAUCAAGACCAUGUACAUAAUGUUGUUUUUUAUUUUCCUCUCUGGCCUUGAAAUU